UUCCAAGCCCAUAGCAAAAACCAAACCCUCCAAAAAGAAGCACCCCACUUUAGUUUAGCCCUGGUUUUUCUACCUUUUCUAAUCAAAUCACACCCAAACAAACACAAAAUAGAACCUGUCUUUACAAAUCGCACAUUUGAUCCUUUUCUUGCAGAGACCUCAGAAUAAUACAAGUUUAUUUUUUGUUUUUUUUUUAAAUAAUUUUGGCCAUGAAACGUGGAUACCCAGGUUCUCCAUCUUCCUCUUUUGGUCCACCUCAAUCCAGGUCCAAACAUAACCCUGAAGGUGAUUCACAAUUUUUGGAGGAUGAGAGCACCAAGAUAUUCGCUCGGAAAGUAGCCGAUCAUUAUAGUGCAAGAACAAAUCAAACUUUGGAAGAACGAGAAGCAAGUCCGAUCAUUCACUUAAAGAAGUUAAAUAACUGGAUAAAAAGUGUCUUGAUUCAGCUUUAUGCUCGUCGGGGUGAUGCUGUUCUUGAUCUUGCCUGUGGCAAGGGUGGUGAUCUCAUCAAAUGGGAUAAAGCAAAAGUUGGAUAUUAUGUUGGCAUUGACAUAGCAGACGGCUCGAUAGAAGAUUGCCGUACGCGAUAUAAUGGUGAUGCAGACCAUCAUCAACGUCGCAAAAAGUUCACGUUUCCUGCCCGUCUCAUAUGCGGGGAUUGUUUUGAGGUGCGCUUGGAUAGAGUUUUGGCAGAUGAUGCUCCUUUCGAUAUCUGCAGUUGCCAGUUUGCCAUGCAUUAUUCCUGGUCUACAGAGGCACGUGCACGUCGGGCGCUGGCCAAUGUUUCAGCUUUACUUCGUCCAGGAGGCACCUUCAUUGGGACAAUGCCAGAUGCCAAUGUCAUAGUCAAAAAACUUAGAGAAGCUGAAGGAUUGGCCUUUGGCAACAGCGUCUACUGGAUACGAUUUGAUGAAGAAUUUACCGACAAGAAAUUUAAAUCUUCGAGCCCCUUUGGUAUCAAGUACAAGUUUCAUUUAGAGGAUGCUGUUGACUGCCCUGAAUGGAUCGUUCCGUUUCAUGUCUUCAAGUCAUUAGCAGAAGAGUACGAUCUAGAACUUGUUUUCGUCAAAAACUCUCAUGAAUUUGUUCACGAGUACAUGAAAAAACCGGAAUAUAUAGAGCUUAUGAGGAGGCUCGGUGCACUAGGUGAUGGUAACCAAGACCAGAGCACAUUAUCUCCGGAUGAAUGGGAGGCAGCUUAUUUAUACCUUGCAUUUGUUUUAAAGAAGCGUGGACAACCAGAUCGGACACAAGCAAAUAGCAGAAAAGAUAAAGGACAGAUGCAAAUAGCAAAGGAGGACAUCCUGUAUAUUAAUAGUGAUGAUUAACAGGAAAACACCACGAAUUCCAUAGAUUUAUUCGUAAGUUCGAGCGAGACAAAAUAACGGAGGGUGGCUAAGUGGCUGAAGCAAUGCCUAUGAACCGGAUUUUUUGGGGCUCUUUCGGUUUUGUAGGUUAACAAAUUGUUUUUGUAAGCCAUUGCUUUCAGCAUGAAGUUUCUAAGAAAUUGCCACUUCAUUUGUAAUUUAGGGUCGGAAAGAUUAAAGAAAGAAUGAGAAUCUCCCAGGUUGAUGGGUCAACAUCGGUAAGGAAAGCCGAUAUUGCCUGUUUAGAUGUGUGUGACAUAAGUUUAUAUAUAUGAAACUGACAAUAAACACUGGAAAGUUUCAUUUUUCAUCUUCAAAUUGGUAGCAAUUUCCCAUUUUCAUUGUUUCA